AUGUCGUCCUUCAGUCCUACCCAGAUCUUCGAGGAGGGCACCACCGAAGAGAAAGGGGAGAAUGCCCGCCUCGCCGCCUUCGUUGGUGCCAUCGCCGUCGGGGAUUUGGUCAAGAGCACGCUCGGUCCCAAGGGGAUGGACAAGAUAUUACAGUCUGCCUCCACCUCCGAGAUCAUGGUCACAAACGACGGCGCUACCAUCCUAAAAUCGAUCGCUCUUGACAACGCGGCAGCCAAAGUACUCGUGAACAUUUCCAAGGUGCAGGACGACGAAGUGGGAGACGGCACCACAUCCGUGGCCGUAUUGGCAGCCGAACUAUUGCGGGAAGCCGAGAAGCUCGUCGAUAAGAAGAUCCAUCCCCAGACCAUCAUCGAGGGCUACCGAAUAGCAAGUCAAGCUGCCCUGCACGCUUUGGAGGGCUCCGCCGUCGACCACAGCAAAAACCCAGAGGCUUUCAAGAAGGACCUGCUCGCCAUCGGGCGCACAACCCUGAGCUCGAAGGUGCUAGCCCAGGACAGAGACCUAUUCGCCAAGCUGGCUGUCGAGGCUGUGUUGCGACUUAAAGGGUCCUCGGAUCUCAGCCACAUCCAGAUUAUCAAGAAGGCCGGCGGGAAGCUGAGCGACUCGUACCUCGACGAAGGGUUCAUUCUCGAUAAAAGGAUCGGGGUAAACCAACCCAAACGACUCGAGAAGGCCAAGAUCCUGGUCGCAAACACUUCGAUGGAUACGGACAAAGUUAAGAUAUUUGGUGCUCGCAUGAAGGUCGGCUCGACUGGAAAGCUAGCCGAGCUGGAGAAGGCCGAAAAGGACAAGAUGAAGGCCAAGGUGGACAGGAUCAAGGCACACGGGAUCAACUGCUUCAUCAACCGACAGCUAAUCUAUAACUGGCCUGAGCAGCUCUUCACUGACGCUGGCAUCAUGUCCAUCGAACAUGCCGACUUUGACGGCAUCGAACGCCUAGCCCUAGUUACGGGAGGCGAGAUCACGUCCACGUUCGACCACCCGGAACAAGUAAAGCUGGGCCACUGCGACUUGAUCGAGGAGGUCAUUAUUGGUGAGGAUACACUCAUAAAGUUCUCUGGAGUGGCCGCAGGCCAGGCCUGUACCAUCGUCCUUCGGGGUGCUACCGAGCAGCUAUUAGACGAGGCGGAGCGUUCUCUGCAUGACGCUCUAGCUGUUCUUUCGCAGACCGUCAAGGAGCCGAGGACAACUCUCGGCGGCGGAUGUGCUGAGAUGCUUAUGGCCAAGGCGGUAGAAGGCGCAGCAACUCGUGUAGAGGGCAAGAAGCAGAUAGCCGUAUCGGCAUUUGCGAUAGCUCUACGACAGCUACCUACAAUUCUUGCCGAUAAUGCAGGGUUAGACUCAAGCGACCUGGUUGCAAGACUACGAAAGGCAAUUUACGACGGCAUGUCGACCUACGGACUGGAUUUAAUGACCCCUGGAGGGGGGAUAGCCGACAUGAGAGACCUAGGAGUUGUUGAGAGCUACAAGCUCAAGAAGGCUGUCGUCUCGUCAGCGAGCGAAGCCGCAGAGUUACUUCUGAGAGUAGAUGAUAUAAUCCGUGCGGCGCCCCGGAGAAGAGAGAGACAUUAGUUGAAGGACAAUGUUGAAAAGCGGAUAUAUAACCAUGAUAGACCAGGCCGCAGACUGGGUAAAUACCAAUCCUGAUGAGGAGGUUGGGAAUAACAAUCUGGUCUGGGUGUUUGACAAUUCAAAAUACGGUACCGUUUAAUGACAAGAACUGCAAAGCCUCCGGCAGUAUAGAUGGCGAAACCUAGUCUUAACACGUGAACACACGAGUGCUCGGCGAUCAUUCCCACGGCGUUUCUGUAGAAUGAGGCAAGAGGCACCUAGGAGUAUUGAAAGAAAAAAAAAAGAAUCACGAGAGCUUCUCUAUACUGUUCACAUUUGAUAUGAAUCGCGGUAUUCCUAUAAUGUCGAUCAACGUCUGAUUAUGGAGAGUAUUAUACACCUGCCUAACCCUCCACUGCAUAUGACCCCGGUGCGCGUUAGAGCGAAUGUACAACUACUCUGUUACUAUGAAUAACAUGACAACACACAGCGGAUGAUGUACAAC